AUGGAGACGCCUCCGCAAUCGCCUAGAGGCGCGAAAACCGAUCCUCUCCCUAGCCUUCAAUCGCCUAGACUCACUGUCAACGGUCGCGAGGAUAUCGCCGACGAUAUUCGACCAUCUUUGGCGUCUGCUAUCUCCGAGCCUGUUCGUCUGCAAGGCUUCGCAAGCCCGAUCAGACAGCAUAAACGGACUCCAAGCGCUCAUCGCGAAAUCAAGGAAACUUUGGACGCCCACGUCGAGUUCUCCAAUGAUGAAACGGAUGGUCGAACUCACCACAGAAUAAACCAGUUUGUGAUUCAGGAUGAAAUCGGUCGCGGAUCUUACGGCGCUGUCCAUCUCGCGACAGAUCAGUUCGGCAAUGAGUUUGCUGUCAAAGAAUUCUCCAAGGUUCGCCUACGCAGGCGGGCACAGUCCAUCGCCAUGCGCCAAGGCCCUGGGGGGCCGCAAAGACGUAUGCCUGGUAGAGGAGGCGCCAUGUCUCCUCGUCUAAAUGGGCUGCGAGACAGUGAGAGGAGCGAUGCCUUAUUCUACAUCCGAGAAGAGAUUGCUAUUAUGAAGAAGCUCAAUCACCCGAACUUGGCUCAACUUAUCGAGGUGCUCGAUGACCCAGAUGAAGAUUCCCUGUACAUAGUAAUGGAGAUGUGCAAAAAGGGGGUCAUCAUGAAAGUCGGCCUGGGCGAGCAAGCAGAUCCCUAUCCUGAAGAGGAGUGCAGGUUCUGGUUCCGAGAUUUGAUCUUGGGAAUUGAAUACUUACAUGCUCAAGGAGUUAUUCAUCGCGAUAUCAAGCCAGACAACCUCCUAUUAUCCGAAGAUGAUGUCCUAAAAGUUGUAGACUUUGGCGUCUCAGAAAUGUUUUCAAAGGGAAACAACAUGAGGACGUCCAAAUCCGCUGGCUCUCCGGCCUUUCUGCCCCCUGAACUAUGCAGCAAGCACAGCGAAGUUUCUGGGACGGCUGCAGACAUCUGGUCGAUGGGCGUCACCCUGUACUGCCUUAGAUACGGAAAGAUACCGUUCAACAAAGAGGCCAUUCUUGAGAUUUACGAGGCUAUCAAGACGGAGGAGCCAGAGUUUGCGAAAGAUGAGAAUCCGACAUUUAUUAGUUUAAUGAGCAGACUCCUAGACAAGAAUCCGGAAACCCGAAUUACGAUGGCUGAGCUUCGCGAACAUCCUUGGGUAACCAAAGAAGGAGCCGACCCCUUACUGUCGGCAGAAGAAAAUUGUUCAGACCCCAUAGGACCACCGAAUGAGCUGGAGCUCAGCCGAGCUUUUACGAGGAAGAUGAACCACCUUCUUUGUGUGAUGAAGGCAAUCUAUCGAUUUCGGUGCUCAUUGGCCCGCAGCCGCAAAAAAGCUGCGGGUCAAUCAAAAGAAGCUACAAAAGAAAACGCGACACCCAAAUUACUAGAUGUCAGCGCAUCAGUAGAAGAUAUAGCGGCGCUCAUUGCACAACAAAAGACGAUUCUGCUUGCGCCAGAGCCCGACGAAGAAAAGACAAAAGGCCACGCUCAUGAUGUCAGCGACCAAGAACCGCUGUUCCUGGGCAUCGGCACUGGAGCAAGAGAUGCUUUUGUUACCGAUGAAAAGACGCCCGAUGUCGUGUCUGACUCUCCUACGGCAGUCGAUUUCAACGUAUACGACCGGGCGUACGAAGAGGCCAUAAACGAGCGAAUGAAACAGAAUCAGUCAAGCAACCCUGUCAUGUACUUGACCAAACACAUCAAAGAGAAAGAGUACUUCAAAAAGCUGGAGAACAUGGUCGACGAAGCUUCGGUCUCACUACCUCCCUUCAAGGCUGCCUUGGAGAAUUCCAGCCGACUUCUAGACCCUUUACCUUUACGUCCAGGCAAUAGAGUAGCCGAUCUCGUGUCUAGAGUCAGAGGCUCGGAAGCGUCCGAGAAUAGCAGCAAGACAAAAGGCCAAAAUUAGACGGAUGGUUGUCUCAUCAGCGGUCUUGACAUGGCGUGUUCCUCUUCGGCCUUGUUCCGCCAGGUAAUAUAAUU